UCGCUGAUGUGGUAUUUAUUUUUAAACGAAUUUCUUUUAGGACUAACAUGUCCCUUUAUAAUGGAACAUUGGAAGAAAACCUAGAUUUAUGGAACGAAAAUAAACGACCCCUGACAGCGUCUGGUUCCAUACAAGCUAUAACAUUUUACAACUUUGAAGGAAACACUAGCACCUCUCCAGAUAUGGAGGCAUUUAUUGCAGGGCCACCAUCUGUUUCAUCGAGUAUUGGCUCUCUGUUUGCUGACGAAUACGCAUCUCCAUACGACGUGUUGAACGCAUCGACAGACCUUUCAGUAGAACUGGUUUUACUGCACCAGCUUUCCCGAGGAACGGUGACUUUACAGUCCAGCGAUCCCAGUGAUUACCCAAUCAUAGACGUGAAUUAUUUCGCUGAGGAUGAAGAUUUGGAGGUUUUCUAUCUCGGAAUACAAGAAGCAUUGAAACUGGAAAACACAACAGCUUUUCAACGACUUGGGGCCACUGCCAUCUAUAUUGAUGUCCCCGUUUGCAAUGAUGCCUAUGAUAAACUGUCCAAAGACUGGUGGCUUUGCACCGUGCAGUAUUACUCGAUUUCGACUCUUCAUCCGGUGGGUACAACCGCUAUGGGAACAAAUACAUCUACCUCUGUAGUGAGUUCCGAGCUAAAAGUGCAUGGAAUCGAUCAACUAAGAGUGGUCGACGCUGGAAUUAUGCCGACCACAGUGUCUGGACAUACAACGGCCGCUGUAGUCAUGAUAGCUGAAAAGGCUGCUGAUUUAAUUAAGGCAGACUAUGGCUAUGUUAACAAUACGGCAAUUUAAUUUCAAUAAACUGGAAUGUAUAAUCUAUUCAAUAAAGCUAAAUCGAUUCAA